AAUGAUCUAUUAAGAAAAAAUGCGUGUAAUGGUAUCUGUUUCGGUUUCCGGUCUGCAUUUGGCAACAGAAAGAUGAACUCAUUGUGGCAGUAAGGUCACGUGCGAGGCUUUCCUAUUUGUAUUGGCAUGCCCAUUGAACCGCCCACACAUUUCAGUAAACACGCUAAACGUAUUGUUGAUAAAUGUAUUAUAUUAUAUGAUCUACUGGUGUCAACAACAAGGAAGAAGGCAAACAACUAUACGAGUAAAAUGGCGUCGGUAGUCCGACAUGUGUUAGUUCCGUGUAUGAUUGUGCUACUCGGUUUGUCUUGGGUGGCUAACGGGGUUGAUUUCCAGAGGGGUCCGCCGCCUUGCCCUUGUUCUGAUCCAGCUCUGUGUGAUCCUAUACGAACCACUCCAAAGAAGGAGAUUCACGUAUUUUCUGCCAAUGGAGCCAAUUGGAGGGACUACUUCUGGGACAACAUCACCACGGUGGCUGUACAAGAUGGCUUUGAUCCUCAGAUGAUGUGCCACGCCCACUCUAAGGGUGUGCGGAUCGUUGUAUGGGGUUCCUUUUCCGUUCAAACUCUCUUCAACGAGAGCGCCCGCAACGCCUGGGUCGAACGCACCCUGAACUACGCUGUUGGGAACUUCACGGACGGGUAUAACAUAGACUUUGAGAUGCCACUGCUGAAAUCCCAGGCUCAUGUGCUGACAGCGUUGGUCAAACAGAUCAGGGAUGCAUUUAAAAAGGCCUUGCCAUACUCGAAAGUAACGUUCGAUUCUGCUUUCUCACCUGACUGCACGUUCUUCGGUCGAUGCUUCGACUACCGUUCCAUAGGCGAGAUCGUAGACUACAUCCUCAUCAUGGCUUACGACGAACUCGAUCUUGUAGGUCUGAAGGCCAUGGCCAAUGCACCACUCAAUAUAACAACACAAGGUGUGGAUGACUUCAUCAAAGCCGGUGUACCUCCGGCCAAGCUUGUACUUGCCAAUCCUUGGUACGGCUAUAACUUCCCCUGUACGCUGUUAACAAAGAACGACACUUGCAAUUAUAAGUUGGGUACAUGGAAACAACAAGGCUAUGGUACUAUCAUGGAACUACUGGCGAACAACUCUACGACCGGUCGAAAGUGGAGCGAGGAAUACCAGUCACCAUAUUUCGAUUAUAAGGACAGCGAAACUGGGCAGACUCACCAGAUAUGGUAUGACGACCCGACUAGUCUCACUCUACGCUUUAAGAUGGCAAAGAACAAACAGCUCUAUGGCGUAUCUGUAUUCCAAGCCGAUUGUCUGGAUUAUAGCACCAAUCAAAAGGCUGUUAUUGAGACUAAUGCAAUGUGGGACGCUUUCCUCGGAGAAUAACAUAGUUUUUUUCUCGCAAAGUCAGUCCCAAAACCAAUUCCAUGAAAAUCACAAAACUCUUCCAAAAUUAGUACAUUUAAAAAACGCGAUUUGAUGUUUAAAGGUUAACAAGAAUCUCCCUUUUGAUUUUAAUUGUAGGGUUUAAAUGUUAAGAUAAUUGGAUACCUGGUAAAUUUCAUACUCGUGGCUGAAAUCGACCCCGGCACUGAAAUACUUUAAGGCCUAUGUUACUUUUUUUCGAAUUAUGCAAUUGGCACUGUACUGACAAUGCCUCAAGUUUGUUGUGUACCCAUUUGUAUGUGAAGUGCAUAUGAAUAUCCGCCAUAUUGAGUCGGGGGAAGGUGUAAGAUUACCUAAGCAUUUUUAUACAUAUAUUUUCUAAUUAUAUUACAGAGCACUUGUAACUUUUUUUUUAUUCUCAAGGGGUCUAUAAAAUAAAAACCGUGCUCUUUAUUAGACUCCUCCACUGUGCUUCACCACUGUGCCAAUCUUAAAUGAUUUAGGCCUAUUUGAAUAAUUAUAUAUUCAUUUGUCGUAUCUGUGGUUAUUGUCAUAUUAUUGAAUUUGU